CACACACACACACACGACAAAAAGGCUCCAAGAUCUCACCUGGGAGCCCAGACAGACAUGUGCCUAACCCUGACACCGCGGCUCACCUGAGACAGAAAGAUGUCCGAGAAGGAGACAGCCACACCGUCCGGGAUGCCCCCCCGCUGCCGGACGCUCCUGGGCAUCGCCGGCACCACGCUCUUCGCCGCCCUGGUCCUCUCCGCCGUCCUCCUCGCCUACGUCACGGGCUACCAGUUCAUCCGCACCGAGCGCCACCACCUCUCCUUCGGGCUCUACGGCGCCGCCCUGGGGCUCCACCUGGUGCUGCAGGGCCUCUUCGCCUACCUGGAGCACCGGCGGAUGCGGCGGCCGGCCGCGGGGCCCGGCGCGGCCCGGGGCCCCCCGCGGCGGCCCUCGGUGGCCCUCUGCAUCGCCGCCUACCAGGAGGACCCGGCGUACCUCCGGAAGUGCCUCCGCAGCGCCCGGAGGGUCUCCUUCCCGGGCCUCAAGGUGGUCCUGGUGGUCGACGGGAACCGCGCCGAGGACGGGUACAUGGUGGACAUCUUCCGGGAGGUGUUCGGCGGCGGGGAGGAGGCCGGGGUGGCGGCGUGGGAGGGCAACUACCACGCCCGGGGGGCCCCCGCGGAGGACGGCGAGCGGGUGGCCCGGCUGGUGCGCAGCCGGCGCUACUCCUGCGUGGCGCAGCGGUGGGGCGGGAAGAGGGAGGUGAUGUACACGGCCUUCAAAGCCCUGGGCGACUCGGUGGACUACGUGCAGGUGUGCGACUCGGACACGGUUCUGGACCCCGCCUGUACCGUGGAGAUGCUAAAGAUAUUGGAGGAGGACCCGGAGGUGGGCGGGGUCGGUGGCGACGUGCAGAUCCUGAACAAGUACGACUCCUGGAUCUCCUUCCUAAGCAGCGUCCGGUACUGGACGGCCUUCAACGUCGAGCGGGCCUGCCAGUCCUACUUCGGCUGCGUGCAGUGCAUCUCCGGGCCCCUGGGAAUGUACCGGAACUCCCUCCUCCAGACCUUCCUGGAGCCCUGGUACCACCAGACCUUCCUGGGCACCCGCUGCAGCUUCGGCGACGACCGCCACCUGACCAACCGCGUCCUCAGCCUGGGCUACAAGACCCGCUUCACGUCCCGCGCCCGCUGCCUGACCGAGACCCCCACGGCCUACCUGCGCUGGCUCAACCAGCAGACCCGCUGGAGCAAGUCCUACUUCCGCGAGUGGCUCUACAACGCCCUCUGGUUCCACAAGCACAGCCUGUGGAUGACCUACGAGUCGGUGGUGACCGGGUUUUUCCCCUUCUUCCUCGCGGCGACCGUGGUUCAGCUCUUCUACCGCGGGCGGCUGUGGGGGAUCCUCCUCUUCCUCCUGACGGUGCAGCUGGUGGGCGCGGCGAAGGCGGCGUUCGCCUGCUUCCUCCGCGGCCGCCCCGUGAUGGCCUUCAUGUCGCUCUACUCUCUCCUGUACAUGUCCAGCCUCCUGCCGGCCAAAGUCUUCGCCCUCCUCACCAUCAACCAGGCCGGGUGGGGGACGUCGGGCCGGAAGCGGAUCGUGGCGAACUUCGCGGGGGCGGUGCCCGUGGCGGUUUGGGCGGCCGUGCUGCUGGGCGGGGCGGGGUACACGGCGUACCGCGAGGCGCUGGAGCCCCCGGGGGAGACGGAGAAGGCGGUGCUCAUAGCCGGGGCCGUCCUGUACGCCUGCUACUGGGUCGUCCUGGUGGCGCUCUACUUCGCCGUCGUGGCCAAGCGGCGGGGGAAGACCGCGGAGCGGUGCCCCCUGCCAGACGCCGAAGUUUAGGGGCCCCCCCUCGUCGGGCCCUCCCCUGGUGCUAAAACUCCCGACUUUCCUCGGGUCUACGAGCCCCUGAAGAUGGUCGCACGGCCACCGGAUUGCGGUUGGCGUUUGGUGCCAAAGAUCUCGGUUUUUUUUUUGCACGUAAGACUAAACUCUCAGGGGGGAGUCUUGUAAUUUGGGGUUUCUGCACCUGCCUCAUCUGAAGCACAUACUA